CAGGAGGGCGCUCAGGUGCCAAGGUCGGCUGCCAGGUGCCCCGGAGCCUUUAUAAAGCCUCGGAGGCGAGAUCGAGAGUUCCUUUCGGCCCCAGGCAGGCAGCGUCCCCCAUCAUCAUGUGGAGGGAGAUUCUGGCGCACAGGAACUACCUGAUCGUCCUGCUGACCCCCUUUCUCUUUCUCCCCCUGCCCCUGGUCCUACCUUACAAGGUAAGUUGCUCUCUGGGUCCUGUGCCCCUCGCCAUGGAAAAGGAGAGUUGUCGGGGAUUCACAGAAUCCUAGAAUUGUAGAGCUGGGUGGGUCCCCGAGGGUCAUCUAUCCCAACCCCCAGCAAUGCAGGAAUCUCAAGCAUCCAUGACAGAGGGCCACCUGUCACCCAAGAAAGGAGAUUCCCUUGCCCUGUCCCAGCGGCUGCAGGAUCCAAGCAAUGAAGCCAUCAGGACACAAUUUUCUUUUAUGGGCAGUGCUUAGGGUGAAGGAUCAGCUGUUGAGCUGCAUAGGGUUUCACUCCCAGAGGAAAAGUGGGGGGCAGAGGUUGUGACACCACAGUCCCUUUGCAGAGGGAACCCCCCCCCAUCUUCCAGGCGGUCCCCAAAGACGGCAAUAACAAUAGAGAGAGAACACCAUGUCCCAAAGAAGCAAUGUUUCCUUUGCCAUUUCUGGAACACGCUGAAGAGGCGAGCCACCUCAAAUUGUGGCACCUGAAAAGCAGCUUGCCUCUUCAGCAGGAGGAGCGACUGCUGGGGACGCUGCCGAUAAGCCCCUGUUGGUGUUGCGCUAUACAGAGGGCAGAUGCGACAGGUAAUUUAACGUAAUAACAGGAAUUGGAGGCCCUCCAAGCAUCUUCUAACCCAGGGGUCAGCAACCUUUUUCAGCCAUGGGCCGGUCCACCGUCCCUCAGACCUUGUGGUGGGCCGGACUAUUUUUUUGGGGGGGGGGGAAUGAACCAAUUCCUAUGCCCCACAAAUAACCCAGAGAUGCAUUUUAAAUAAAAGCACACAUUCUACUCAUGUAUAAACACCCGGACUGUCUGUGGGCCGGAUUGAGAAGGCGAUUGGGCCGCAUCCAGCCCACGGGCCUUAGGUUGCCUACCCCUGUUCUAACCUGACGGCCACAGCGUGGGGGGCCGGGAAUCUAAAUGAAAUGGGAACCAACAAGGUGGAAGAGCCCUGCAGGUGGAGCAAAGUGUCUUUAGUUGUGAUUCUUACAUUGCAGAGGGUUGGACUAGGUGAACUUUGGGGUCCCUUCCACCUCUAUUAUGAGUCUAUAUGAAGUGGGAGAAAUGGAAGCACUAGCUUUCUCUUCCUCCGUGGAUUUGCCCAGUGCUCUUUUAAAGCCAUCCAAGUUGGUGGACAUCCCUGCCUCUUGUGGCAGGGAGUUCCGCAGUUUAAGGUCAAGCCUGGGUUUCUGUGUGCCUUGGAGUGCAACUCGGAGGGUUUGCAUGCAGUGGCCUUCAUAUUGCAAGCUCCAAGGAGGAUCCAGGGAGAAGGUUUGGCAGCUGCAGGAGCCUUUCAAAUUGCACCCCCCCGGCAUCCGUGGAACCGUCUCCCAUAACCUGCUCCAGUCCAAAGCGCCUCCUUGAGGGAAGGGCUGUGUUGAUGAGUGGUGCUGAGCACCUGUCUGGCAUGAAGGAGGAUGUCCCAGGUACAAUCCCCAAUGGCAGUGCUGCUAACAAGGCCAGGUAUUCUCCCCAAAGAGUCACUGCCUCAUUCCCGGGCAGGCAGCUUCCUAUGCUGGAACCUUCAGAGAGAAGUAGAGAAAAGUUAAGAGGCUUUUGGUGAGGAAAGAAAAGGAAAAAUAGCUUGAUGCCUGGAAAAGCAGGUAAAACCCAGCUGUUUUGGAGAAGAUAAACUACACCAUUCAUUGGUAGCAGAUGAUUGGUAGCACCAUCAUUGGUAGCCUCUCAUUAAGGAAUCCUGGGAACUGUAGUAUGUUAAGAAUCAUAGAAUGGUAGAGUUGGGACCCGAGGGUCAUCUAGUCCAACCCCCAAAGCACACACAAAUCAGACAUUUGUUCCCCACCCAGUGGUGCUUGCACUGGCUGGCAGCAGCUCUCCAGGUGGCAGCAGCUUUCCCCAGGCACUCCCUGCCACCAGCGACUGACCCUGGGACCCUCUGCAGGCGAAGCAGGUGCUUUGUCACGGAGCUGUGGUCCUUUCCUUUGAAACCCCACCUCUUGCAAGAGUCUAGUCCUCAGGGAUCUGGAGCAGAGAGGCGCAAUUUGGGCACAGGACGGCAUUUUUAGCAGGACCACCUCCUUCCGUCGAACUCUGCUGUUGCUGCCUUCAUGCCCGUUUCCCAGUUACGUAAGCAGCCUGGCCCCAGAGCCAAACGGCAGCCAGCUCCCAUUCUGGACGCUGAGUUUCCUGCUUGGACCCCUUCCAGCUCACUCCCCGUCUUGCCCUCCAGGUGUGAAGGGACUCCAGCCGCAGGGAAGGUGUCAAAAGAAAUGAAUGCUGGGCAAAUAGACCAGAGAGAGGGCUCCCUGGGCCAGAUGGGCCAAGCCUUGAUUUGGAGGACACUCCCACCCCCGACCCACUGCAAAAUCCUGACCUUUGGAUAGGAAGGUCCCAGGAGCGGAGAUUGGGGACUCUGGUCUCCCAGGUCUCAGUUUGAUGCCCCUAACCACUAGACCACACUCCUUGCAUGGCAGAAGCUGUGGCUUCUUCCUCACCCUCUGAGAUGGUCACCUGAAUCUUUCUGAAAGCACGACACCCCCACUUUGGGAAGCUUCUUCAGUGCUGAGCUACAGAGCAGAGAUGCUCACUUUUCCCACCUCCCCAAAUUGGCCCCCAGGAAUACUGGAAUCUGCCUCACACAGAGUCUGAUCAGGGGUCAGCAAACCUUUUCAGCAGAGGACCGGUCCACUGUCCCACAGACCUUGUGGAGGGCCGGACUAUAUUUUGGAGGGAAAAAAUGAAUGAAUUUCUAUGCCCCACAAAUAACCCAGAGUUGCAUUUUAAAUAAAAGGACACAUUCUACUCAUGUAAAAACACGCUGCUUCCCGGACUGUCCGUGGGCCGGAUUUAGAAGGUGAUUGGGCCGGAUCCAGCCCCCAGGCCUUAGUUUGCCUACCCAUGAUCUAGAUUAUAGAUUUGGGGAAUGUUAAAGGAAGGUGCGUCGUUCACACGGAGCAUCGCUGAACUGUGGAACUCCCUGCCACAGGAGGCAGUGAUGGCCAUCAGCUUGGAUGGCUUUAAAAGAGGAUUGGACAAAUUCAUAGAAGAGGAGAGGGCUGUUGAGGAUUGCUAGCCAGGGUGGCUCAGUUCUGCCUCCUGAAUACCAGUUGCUGGAAACUGCAGGAGCAGAGAGUGGCCUGGGGGUCUCCUAUUGGGGUAUCUGGUUGGCCACUGUGAGGACAGGAGGCUGGACUAGAUGGGCCACUGCCCUGAUCCAGCAGGCUCUGCUUAUGUUCUUAGGUACCAGUAUUGUCUGCACAGGCGGGCAGCAGCUCCCCAGGAUUUCAGCCAGGGGUCUCUCCCAGCCCUACCUGGAGAUGCCAUCAGGGACUGAACCUGGAGCCUCUGUGAAUGCUCUAGCACAGAUGUCUGGUUCAUCCCACUAGAAACACAGUAAGAUUCUAGUCCUCAUGGUUCUGGAUAAAUGGAUGGUUUCAAUAGGAACAUAGGAAACUGCUUAAGGCCAAAUCUGGCCAUUGGUCCAUCUACCUCAGCAUUGCCUACACUGACCGGCAGCGACUCCCUAGGCUUUCAGAUGAGAGAUUUCAGUAGUCCUGCUUGGAGAUGCUGUUGAGAGUUGAACCUGGGGCCUUCUGCAUGCCAGACAGGUGCUCUAGCAUAAAACUCUUAUUUACCCUCCUAAAGCUUUAAACAAGUCAGCCUGGAUAGCUCAGUUGGUUAGAGCGUGCUGCUGAAUAAUGCCAAGGUUGCAGGUUCGAUCCCCAUAAAGGACAGCUGCAUAUUCCUGCAUUGCAGGGGGUUGGACUAGAUGAUCCUUGGGAUCCCUUCCAACUCUAAGAUUCUUUGAUUCUAAGUUUCUGGUCCUCAUAUUUCUGGUUUAAACAGGAAUCUGCUUUAUCCCGAGUCAGAGCCACUGUUCUGUCUUGCUCAGUACUGUCUGAACUGAAUCUCCAGGGCAGGCAUAGGCAAACUCGACCCUCUGUUUUGGGACUACAACUCCCACCAUCCCUGACCACUAGUCCUGUUAGCUAGGGAUGAUAUGAUGGGAGUUGUAGUCCCAAAACAUCUGGAGGGCCGAGUUUGCCUAUGCCUGCUCCAGGGUUUCACACGAGCGCUCUCCCCAGUCCUACCUGGGGAGGCCAUCAGGGGUCGAACCUUCUGCAUGCAAGGCAGGUGUUCUGCAACUGGGCGAUGGGCCUCCUUAAAUCAAAGUCCUGCACGGUCUCUUUCAACCCACAAAGAAGGUGACGAGGGAGCGUGGGAGAGCUGUCUAUCAAUUUUUAAGCCUGAGAUGCUUUGACCCCUGACAGCUCUGCCGGGGUCAAGAGGGCAGUGGCAGAGGCUGAGCAGACAGAAGUUACACUUUAAGGGACCAGAGUUCACCUCUUUGCUCCGAGGAGACCAGAAGAGUCCGUGACUAUUUCCCCGCCAGCAGUGCCAGCAAUUGGCCCAGAACUUUCGUCCUUUAUUACCUUUAUUAUCCGCCCCAUCCCAACUCCAGUCCAGAUUCUGGUCCUUAUGGUUCUCAGUUAAGGUCUGAUUCAAAUAGGGACUGAGGAAGUGGCCUUAUUCCAAGCCAGACCCUUGGUCCACUCAGCUCAGUAUUGCAGACUCUGGCUGGCAGCAGCUCCCCAGGCUUUCAGGGAGAGAGUCUUUCUUCGCUGGCCCUACUUGGAGAUGCCACCGGGGACUGAACUUGGGACCUUCCGUACGCAAAGUUGGAGCUCUGCCACUGAGCAGUGGGCCUUUUCCUAGAACUAAAGUAAGAUUCUAGUCCUCAUGAGUUCAGAUAAAGGGCUGGUUUCAAGAGGAAGUACCUGGGGGUAUUGAAGGACCUUAGCUCGGUGUUAGAGCCCCUUGCAUACAGAAGAGCGAAGGUGAAAUAUCCUCAACAUGUCUAGUUUUUUUUAAAAAUAAUAACCCAAAGAGAUGGCUUCUGACUGAGACCCCAGAGAUGUGCUGCUAGCCCUAAAUUGUUGAUGAGCUGCAAUUUAGAAAAAGACAAUUAAAAAGGGAGCCAUGGUACAGGUUUACUUUACAAGAUGAGGUUCUUCCUGUGGCAGGGAGUUCCAAAGUUUAACGCCAUGCUGUGUGAAAAGAGUCCUUUCUUUUGUCGGUCCUGGAUCUCCCAGCAAGGGAGGUUUUCUUCUGCCUCUUGUCAUAGAGAAAAGAGAGACAGAUAAAACUUUAUUCGCGUUAGCCAAUGGCCAUAGCAACCGUAAAACAUUACAGUAUACGCAGAAAAGGAAAUUUGAUAUAAAAGCACAAUUUAAAGUCCUGAAUCAGCAGUCAGUUAGUGGCCCUUAUUCUGAUUGCCCCUGUCAUAGCGAAAAGCAAGUUUUGCGCAAGGCAGAGUAAACAGUCCCGUUUUAAAAGCAAACCCAGAACUGCUCAUUACUCAUCCACCACAGGCUGCAUCUGCCAAGGUGAUAAAGCAGCCAUAAAGCGGUGAUGGACCAUAAAUGAGGGUGUGUAAAUCAGCGAAAGUUGUUUCUGCCUUGAGCCAAUUAAACUCGCCAAACAAGAAGGCAAAAACAGCCAGGCAGUGCCUCCUAAACCACGUCCACGAGACACAAUUAAAAUCCACUUGCAAGCCUGCUUAAAUAUCACGGCCCUCAGCCAAGGAACGCCUCCGACCUUCUUUCCUAGAGGCAAAGUGGCCCCUCUCAGGAUAGGACCACCCACAAUAUCCUUUGGAGGGAGGGGGGAAAUCCAAUUCCGUUUCCAUUUACUGUAUCUGUGGCUGUUGCAUUUCAGGGGUUGGACUAGAUGACCGUUGGGGUCCCUCCCAACCCUACAAGUCUAUGAUUGUGUGAUUAUUGAUUGCAUUUAUAUCACAGCUUUUUCUCCAGGGAGCUUUAAGGUGACAUACACGGUACUUCCCCUCCUAAUAAUAAUAAUAAUAAUAAUAUAUUAUCUGUACCCCACCCAUCUGGCUAGGCUUCCCCAGACACUCUGGGCAGCUUCCAACAGAUUAAAAACACGAUAAAACGUCAAACAUUAAAAACGUCCCUGAACAGAGCUGCCUUCAGAUGUCUUCUAAAUGUCAGAUAGUUGUUGUUCUCUUUGACAUCUGGUGGGAGGGCAUUCCAUAGGGCGGGAGCCACCACCGAGAAGGCCCUCUGCCUGGUUCCCUGUAGCUUUGCUUCUUGCAGUGAGGGAACCGCCAGAAGGCCCUCGGAGCUGGCCCUCUGUGUCCGGGCAGAACGAUGGGCAUGGAGACGCUCCUUCAGGGAUACUGGGCCGUUUAGGGCCUUGUUUAAUCCUCACAACAGCCCUGUGAGGUAGGCUAGGCUGAAAGGCAGCGACUGAGCCCCAAGGCCCACCCAACAUGACAGAGCGGGAGGAUUUGAACCCUGGUCUCUCCCAGCUCCUAUUCCAACACUCUAACCACUGCACUACACUGCCUCUGGCUCCAGUGGAGUCAAAUUGCAAAAAAAAUGAACUUUCUAAUGGUGAGAGCUUUUCAGCAGUGAAACGGACUCCCUUGGAAAGUGGGGGUCUUGCUUUCCUUGGACAAUUUUUAACUGAGGACGACCAUCUGUCAAAGAUUCCUUAGCUGCAAUUUCUGCAUUUCAGCAGGUUAGACACUUCCAGACCUGCAAUUCUAUGAUUCUGUGGCUGUUUAGCCUCGACGGCAUUAGGCAUCGGCCAGCCCUCAGGGUUUUCUUCCAGCAAGAGACCCAUCUCGGGUGGCAACAGGGGAGGAGAAACACCAACCCUGCGGGACAGGCAGUGAACUCUUCUGCCCUUGGCAGCACGCUCAUGCCGCAGAAUGGGCAAUAAAACAGAGCAUUGUGCUGAAGUCAGCUGAGGAGGAGGAAAACAGAGAUUAAUGGGGAUGAUGUGGCUGAUAAGAGGCUGUUGGUUUCAGGAAGUUCUUCACCUGUCUCUCGCUCUGUUGCUACGCAGGAAGCAGGAUCCCGAGCCAAGGCAGAGAGCACAACAAUUUAGAGAAACAAAAGAGGCUUCAUGGUCCACAGCCCAAAGAAAGGGCUGGAUCUGUCUUGUUCCAGAGGUUUCAGAAUACCAGUUCCUAGAAACCGCAAGAGAGGAGAAUGUUGCUCUUGUGCUUGUGGAUUUCCCUUGGGGGCACCCGGUUGGCCACUGUAGGAACAGGAGGCUGGACUAGGUGGACCACUGACCUGAUCCAUCUAGGUUCUUCUUAAGGAGGUCCAUUGUGAUAGCAGAACCUCCAUGUCCAGUGGCAGUCUACCUCUGAAUACAAGAUAGUAACAUCUUGGAGGUCCUGGGCCUCAAGGAAAUUAGACUGGCCUCCAAUAGGAUCAAGGCCUUUUUGGCUGUGGCCCCGGCCUGGUGGAACACUUUGUCACAAGAGAGCAGGGCCCUGUGGGAUUUGGCAUCUUUCCGCAGGGCCUGCAAGAUGGAGCUAUUCCACCAGGCCUUUGGCCGGAGUCCAGUCUGACUCCCCCUCUCUCCUUAUAAGAACUUGGCAUGAAAGUGGCCCCCCAACCUUUCUCACAGGCUCAUAUGAGAUCAGUAUAAACAUUUAGGCCUGGUGAGCAUUUAAGGUCCUCAUUCCUAUUUUGCGGGUUGCCAUCUGAUUGGAUUUCACUUUGAUUCUGACUUGAUUUUAAGAUGUGUUUUAACUGAUGGCUUGAUUUUAUGGUAAUGUGUCGUAUAUUUGAUGUUAGCUGCUCUGAGCCCGGUUUUGGCUGGGAGGGCGUGGUAUCAAUAAAAUUUAUUAUUAUUAUUAUUAUUAUUAUUAUUAUUAUGAACAACAACUGGAGCAUACUGUUGCACUCGGAUGCUGCUUGUGGGCUUAUCUUUGGGGCACCUGAUUGGCCACUGUGAGAGCAGUGCUCUUAUUACAUUCUGAUGGAACCUCCAGGUCCAGAGAUAGUCUAUCUGGAUUAUUUGGAGGUAUUUGGCCACUGUGAGAACACGGUGCUGGGUUAGAUGGGCCCACCACCCUGAUCAUGAUGCUCAUAGAGACGAGAGGCCCAUCCUUCCUCGUCAAAAGAAACCAGAACAUGACCUGCAACAACAGGCAAGCAGCCUCGCCCACCUUUCCUCUCUACCGGGGUGGUGAAUCUCAGCCACGUGUGGGUAGCUGGCCAUUGGGGCUCACCCUAAGCCACCCCCCUUGCAAACAGGAACAUCAGAAGAACCAAGGAAUCGUAGGUGGAAGAGACCACGAGGGUCAUCUAGUCCAACCUCCUGAAAUGCAGGAAUCUUUGCCCAACGUGGUCGAACCCAUGACCCUAAGAUUAGGUGCCUCAUGCUCCACCCUCCAGGAACAGGCCAAUGGGAACUUAACCAGUCCAGCAUCCCGUCCUCACAGUGGCCACCUAAGUGCCCACAAGCAGGAUAUCCGGGCGCAAGAGCAACUCUCUCCUCCUGCAGUUUCCAGCAACUCGUGCUCAGAAGUGCUGCUGCCUCUGACCACCCAGGCCCCCCCACAGCCCCCUCCUGCCUGAAGGGCUCCAAUCUUCUUUCCAAGCCCCGCAAUCCUGCUCUACGCUCUCCCCGAGUGCUCCCCCUGCUUGCAAUGGUGAAUUCUUGAGCUUCUGUAAUAAUAACCUGGGUGGAGAAACAGAGGGAUGGGUUGUAUUGUUAAAGGAGAAAUCUGAGGACUCCCUUGGGCAAAAAACAAGGACACCAGCCAGGAAUACCAGAGCAAAACAGCAGCCAGUAGGCUUGGUCAUGAUUGAAGACUGUCGCGACAGGACUCCCACCUGCCACCAGGUGGAACAAGAUGGAAGCCCCCAACAAAAGAGCCCCCAAACUUGUAUUAGCUGCUAAUCCCCAUGUUAAAAGGGACUCCUGACCAUUAGGUCCAGUCGUGGCUGACUCUGGGGUUGCGGCGCUCAUCUCGCUUUACUGGCCGAGGGAGCCGGCGUACAGCUUCCGGGUCAUGUGGGCAGCAUGACUAAGCCACUUCUGGCAAACCAGAGCAGCCAAGUCCUACUAGGCUCUGUGGUUUAACCCACAGCACCACCCGCGUUCCUGAUCCCCAUGUUACACCCCCCCCCCAAACUACAUCACUCAUACAUCAUGGUUACAUCAUGAAAGGGGAGGUCUGGUGGCAGUACUCUGAGCAUCCUGGACCCUGCCCCAUGCUUUCCCUUGUCCUCCACCAAACACCCAUCAAGUGUAACAAAAGAGAUAUUUACAUUUCUCUGUUUCCCAGCCAAGUUCAUCACGCCCUUUUGUCUUCAUCUGGGUUUGUUAUUUCUGGAUUGGCUACCUGUCUGGCACUCAGGUAUCAGGAGGUCAGGGUUUAUCACUCAGGCAGAGGGGCUGCUGAGUAGCUGAGCUCACCUGUCUAUAUGAAUUUCCGAAGUUUUCCCAGUGAGCCAGUACAUAGAUGCAUUUAUCAGUGAAUUCUUACAUUUGGUAUCGUGCUGCAAAGGCCCUCUGAAUAGAUAGGAAGGAACUGUGAUGAAGUGUUUUGUGGGGAAAAAUCACAAAAGUCACAAAAGUGAUUGUGCUGGUUUUGGUAGUGGGCUGCAUGUACGUGAUAUCUGCUGGAGGGGCAACCCCCCCCCCCAACCUGUACAUAAAUUCCUGCAAUAGUAUGUAUAGAGACCUUGGACUUUUGCGUGGCUUGAAUGAGGGCAGGGAAUGCAGGAACGAGUCAGGCCAUCCAUUACUGUACCUGUGCUUGUCUGCAGCCCUACCCACCCCUGGCAUGCGGCCCCCGGAAAAUUCCCUGGGAAGGAAAGUGGACCUUGAGGCAAAAGUUUUCUUCCUCAUGCUCUGCGUUGUUGACACAAUCUCCAGCUACAAACCUUAAAAACAAAUUAUGCAGUGAAGCCUUUCGGGGGUGGGGGAGUGGAAUCUGAGGCACAGCUGAAAACAGAGACAGCUGGCGACUUCCUUCUCUCCGCCCACCCCCCUUCAAGCAGAGCAUGACAUCCUCAGGAAAGCCACACCCUCUCAUUUGCCAAGAAGGGGACUCACUCUACCUCGCAGGGUUGUUGUGAAUGUGGCACCCAAGAUAGAAAGGAAGUGUAAUAAACAAAAAUCUGCCCUUAUUCCCUUAUGGGGGACACAAGAGCCCUUAGAGAGUCCUUUGUAAGUUCUCCAUCGGUCGGAGAAAAUAAGAAGCCAACCAGAGAAUAUUGAGAAGCAAAGCAGCUCGUAAGCCUGAUCUUUAUUGAUCUGUUGCAACAGGGUGCUCCCCCCACACACAGGAAAGGAGGAGGACCCAGAACAAAGGUGUGCCUGCCCUUAUAUAGAUAUUUUAAAUUCCCUGCCCUGGAGCUCAAGACCACCCCUCCAUACAUCAUGCAUACAUCACAGAAGGGGUAUAACCCAAGACCACUCCCCAGAUACAUCAUACCUAAAUCACAGAAAAGGUGGUCUACAACAGAAAUCUGAGUGCACUGUUUAUCUCCUGUCUGGCAGAAAGAAAACCCUUCUCUUUAACCUUUCUCUUCUUUAACCCUUCUCUUUCUGUCUGGCAGAAAGAAAACCCUUCUCUUUAACCCCCACCCCCAAUUUCUGGGCCAUUUCAGGGACUCCCCAGUUAUUUAUUUUAACCAAAGCAGAGUUAGGUGCAGCAAGAUCACCAUCUGCAGGCCAAAUUGGCCACACACAUUUAUAAUCAGGGGGAAUAGCCAAGAAGCCCAGCUCUACACAUUUCAAGCAUUUGUAUUCGUAUUCAACUCCUCCCACAAGAAUCCUGGGAACUUUCACCCCCAAAGGUACUGGGAAUGGUAGCUCUGUGAGAGGUAAACUAUAGUUCCCAGGUUCCUUUGGGGGAAGUCUUAAAUAGAGUGUGCAUUGGUCACGCCCAGUGAGAGCUUCGCGGCUGAGUGGGGGAUUUGAACCCUGAUCUCCCAGGCCCUAGGCCAACACUCUAACCACUGUGCCAUCCUGGCUCUGCAAAGUAUCUUACUGUGCAAAAGCUCCUGCUCCUUCUUCUCUCCCAGACACGGAUACAGACAUUUGCAAAACUCCCUUCCCCUCCCCACUUUUUUUGGUAAAUCUUUUUUUUUUAAAGUUCAUUUUAUAUUGUAUAUAAAACAGAGAGAACGGUUAUGUCAACAGGUGAAAAGUAAAGGAUGAAAAACAAAAAGAUAAAACAGGGACAUAAAAUGAGCACAGUUGCACGCGGGUUAGAAUAACAAAGUCCAAGUAAAGAAUAUCAGUGUUAUCUGAUUAUCGAGUCAAGUUCCAGAUUUGCCAGGCUUGUGCCAACAGUUAUCUUGAAAAAGAUGGUCCCCUUGUGCAUGUCACAAAGAAAUGUCCUCACUGAAAUUGCAGUCUUUGCGUGAUUUUCUGCAUUAUCACUCUGUAAUGACCAGAUCCAGGUGCUGUUGGCAGAAAUUGAUUUUCUAGAUCAGUUUCAGUUGGGGUUUCAGCCUGGCUUUGGCAAAGGAACUGCCCGGGUCACCUUAUAUAAUGACCUCUGUCAGGACAAUCUUUGGCUAAAGGGUGAUAUAUAAAUCAGAUAAAUAAUAAUAAAUAGAGUCAUAGAAUUGUAGUGGUGGAAAUAAGAACAACAAUAUUCCCAAGUGAGUGCUACCAAAUGGUCAGUGUAAUAUUUUGGGCUGUUUUCCAUUGAGUUGCGAUGACGAUUUGUGCUGCCAAGAUCAUAUAUGAGACCAAUUCUUUUGACCGGUGCUUUUUUUCCUGGGGGGUACACAGUGGUAUGCAUACCCCUAAACAUUUUGUGAAUCUAAGUUUGGCCUCAUUGAGGGCCAGAAUUUCAAUAUGAGUAGGAAAAUGAGAGUACCGCUAAACAUUUUUCUUUUUUUAGAAAAAAAGCACUGCUUUUGACAAUGUGCCCCCAAAAUAUCCAGUAACAUUAAUUUUGGACCUUGGUUCCUUUGGUAACAUUUCUCAUUUCUGUCAAGAUUAAAUUCUGAGAAUCUUGCAGCAGCUUACAUCCCCGCCCCCUAUAGAUGGCAUGUACUGAGUUUAUUAGGGAUGCGGGUGGCGCUGUGGGUUAAACCACAGAGCCUAGGACUUGCCGAUCAGAAGGUCGGAGGUUCAAAUCCCCACGACGGGGUGAGCUCCCGUUGCUCGGUCCCUGCUCCUGCCAACGUAGCAGUUCGAAAGCACAUCAAAGGGCAAGUAGAUAAAUAGGUACUGCUCCAGCAGGAAGGUGAACGGUGUUUCCGUGCGCUGCUCUGGUUCGCCAGAAGCGGCUUCGUCAUGCUGGCCACAUGACCUGGAAGCUGUACGCCGGCUCCUUCGGCCAGUAAAGCGAGAUGAGCGCCGCAACCACAGAGUCGUCCGCGACUGGACCUAACAGUCAGGGGUCCCUUUACCUUUACCUUUUUACUGAGUUUAUUGCAAACCCCUCCAGCAAUGAGCUCAUGCAAAAUGGCCCUUCUCAUUUCUUCUGCCUCUCCCUUGCAGGAAGCGCAAUGUGGCUACACCAUCAUCCUGAUGGCGCUCUUCUGGUGCACAGAGGCUCUGCCGCUGGCCGUCACCGCUCUGCUGCCCGUCAUCCUCUUCCCGCUCAUGGGCAUCAUGGACUCCACCACGGUAAGGAGACGGCCGGACCAAAGAGGCUCUCGGUUUUGCAACUGGCCAGCCAUGCAGGGUUGACAUGACCUGGCGCCCUCUGUUUGCACCCGGACCACAACUCCCUUCAGUCCCAGCCCGGGGAGAACAAAGCAUGGCCCUCAAUAACCCCUCAGGGGCUGCAGCUUAGUGGGAGAGCGUCUGCUUGGCAUGUAGAGGGCCCGGGUUCAAGCCCUAAUGGUGUCCCCAGCUGAGACUGGGAGGGACCCCUGCCUAAAACCCCUGCCAGUCAGUGGACACAAAACUGAGCCAAGAUGAACCAAUGUUCUGACUCAGUCAGCUUCAAGUGUUUCUAUUUUAAUUAGGCCUUCAAGAGGACUAGAAUCUUAAUUUGUUUUCAGAAUAGCUGUAGCUCUGUGUCAGGACAACGGCUUUGCAUGCAUAACGCACGAUCCCUAGCGUCUCCAGAGGGGCUGGGAAGACCUCUUCCGAGCAACCCUGGAGAGCUGCUGCCAGUCCGAGUGGACAAUACUGAGCUAGAUGGACCACCGCAGUGAUUAAGCGUAAAGGCGGCUUCCUCUGUUCCUCUUUAAAUCAAACCUUCAGUUUAGAAAGCUGGUGUGACUUUUAAUCUGUUUUUAGUUUGCUGUUCUUUCACUUUUUGAAAGUGUUAAAUUAUUGUUGUUACUUCUUCUUAUUGUCUUAUUGUUUUUUGUAAACCAUUUUGAGAUUAGUUUGGUUUUCUUCAUUAUCAAGUGGCAUCUAAAUUUCAGUAUUUUUAUUAAUCAGUAAGUGGCCUGGAAACUCUGGUUCAGUGCUAAGAGGGCGAGAGAGAGGCUUAUAGCAGUGGACAGCAAACUUUUUCAUCAGGGGCCCGGCCCACUGUCCUUCAGACCUGGGGGGGGGGGACUAUAUUUUUUUGUGGGGGGGAAUGAAUGAAUCCCUAUGCCCCACAAAUAACCCAGAGAUGCAUUUUAAAUAAAAAGACACAUUCUACUCAUGUAAAAACACACUGAUUCCCAGACUGUCUGCAGGCCAGAUUUAGAAGGCGAUUGGGCCAGAUCGGGCCCCCGGGCCUUAGUUUGCCUACCCAUGGCUUAUAGCCUCUCCUGGCUGUCAAUGCCCCUACCCCCCCCCCCACUGCAAAUUGAAUCCCUGAUCUGGACCUUGUGCAGAGUAGAAAUGAGUGCUCUCCACCACAAGAAAAAGUUCCAAAAAGUUUUACUGCAAAACAGUCUUAAACUAGUUACAAAACAGAAAGUUGCAAAACGCAAAGUAACACAUUGCUCUAAACAAACUAGCAAUGGGGUCAGUCUUCUUUAAUUCAGUCCAGGAUCUAUCCUCUCUCUGGUCUCAGAGGGAGCUCCUAAACAACUUCCUUGUUCAACACUGCCGCUGCUGCUGGUGGUUCCAUCUCUUGCUGUGACGCCACUACUCAGCAUGCUCACCGAGCCUCUCCUUGCCGCAUUUACCUAGAGUGUAACCUCCUGCCUGAUGCAAAGCUCUCUGCAGAGCAUGUUAAAUACAACGCAUUCAAACAUAGGCUUUAUUAAACUUGUAUAUUUAACAUCCCCCUCCUUCAACCAGGUGUGCAUGGAGUACCUGAAGGACACCAACAUGCUCUUCAUUGGGGGGCUGCUGGUGGCCAUCGCGGUGGAGCACUGGAACCUGCACAAGCGCAUUGCCCUCCGCGUCCUCCUGCUCAUCGGGGUCCGGCCAGGCCUGUGAGUCAUGCUGCCUGAUGAAGUGUUUUGUGGGGACAAAUCACAAAAGUCACAAAAGUGAUUGUGCUGAUUUUGGUAGCGGGCUGCAUGUGCAUGAUAUCUGCUGGAGGGGCAACCCCCCCCCAACCUAUACAUAAAUUCCUGCAACAGACUCUAAUGGCUUUGUUCUGCUGAUGCACGGCCAAAGCUGGGGAGGGAGCCAUUUCUCCACAGCCCGACACUUAAGGGCCAUGGCAGGCGGCCCCUUGGCCUCCACCCUCCGGCAUCCCCAAGUAGGGCUGAGCUGCCCUGCCCUGGUGGCGAGAGGAGCUGAGUGCCAGCCUCCUGCCCACCCCGUCUCAGGCGCGGUCUCCAUCCAUGGCAAAUGUUGUUGUCAGGGCUGCCUCAAGUCUCAGCUCACAAAAGACCAACGCCUAUGUCUUCUUAUAUACAAAAGUGUUUAUUGCAGUUCAUUGUUUGCUUGACAUCCUAGGCGCGCAGCCCUACGUCUGCUACGCUUAGACCGCUGAAGUCCCCUCUGAAUCCGUCCCUCCCCUGCACCAGUUUAAGAGGCUUGCGCUGCUCCACCUCUUUCUCUCUUUCCUUUUCCGCAGGGUCCUUCUGCCCGCUGGGGUUUCGCCCCUCCUGGAUUCCUCUGACGCGGAAUCAGACUGCUCUUCCCCCCUCCUGCAGGCUUUGGGACCUGGCCCCUCCUCCGGGCUCCCUGUACUUCCGCGCGCCUCUACAUUUGAACUUGGGGCGCGCGCCCAACCUCUAACCUUCCUUUCAACAGCUACACUACUCCCUUCACUACUCCCCUCCCCUUCCGGGAGGAUGGCUUGCUCCGACCUCCCUCCUUUCUCUGCUGCCGGAGCCGCUUCCCCUGAUACACUGAAACCUCCACCCCCUUCGCUGCACUCUGGCGGGGAGGCUGGUCCUGACACCCAGCUGCCACUUUGGGAUGCCCCGCUGCCCCCCUGCUCCUGACACGUCCCUCCUGGGGCUCCCCUGGGCUUGACCACCGGCGCGCGCUUCUGGGAAUCCUCUGAUUCGCUGGAAAGACUCAUGGAAUCUCUUGAGUCAUUGUCAUCCUCUUCCUCGCUGUCCUGGGAUUCAUCCCCAUCGCUCUCCAUCUCCUGCCUACCCUGUGCCUCUCUCCCUGAACCCCUGACAGUUGUAAACAAAAAUUGCCCUUUUCCCUUAUGGGGUAUCCAAGAGCCCAUAUAGAGUCCUUACGUAGGUUCCCUAUUGGUAGGAGAAAAUAACAGAGGCCAACCAGAGAAUAUUGAGAAGCAAAGCAGCUAGUGAGCCUGAUCUUUAUGAAUCUGUUGCAACAGGGUGCUCCCCUCUCCCGCAGGAGAGAGGAGGAACCCAGAACAAUGGUGCGCAAGGCCUUAUAUAGACAUUUUAAAUUGCCCGCCCUGGAGCUCAAGACCACCCCUCCAUACAUCAUACCUACAUCACAGAAAGGGGUGUACCUCAAGACCACCCCCCAGAUACAUCACAGAAAGGGUGGUCUACAACAGAAAUCUGAGUGCAUUGUUUAUCUCCUGUCUGGCAGACCACCUGUUAAUGGCCACAUGAUUGGAUACCCUGGGGAGCCUGGCCAGUCUUUUGUAAUGAUAAAUACUUAGUUCAUGGGCCAGGUCACAGGCUCGCCCUAUUCAAACACAGACAUACCCUUAAGACAGGAUUUGUGAAGGAAAAGACAGUGGGGAGGCUUUUCCAUUUUCCUUUGACCUUGCAGAGAAAACAUUUGGUCAGUUUGGGACAGUUUGGGAAUAAAAAAUGGUUCCAGGUCGGUCUUCCUGUGCUGAUCUAUGUAUGUGCUUGGUUGGUACACUUAUGAACAUUUAACAUCUAUCUAAGACCUCAAAAUUCCUAUCACACAGGCUCCUGAUGGGCUUCAUGGGCGUCACCGCCUUCCUCUCCAUGUGGAUCAGCAACACGGCCACCACCGCCAUGAUGGUGCCCAUCGCCCAGGCUGUCCUGGAGCAGCUCCACAGAUCCGAGCUGGAGCGGCUGCAGGCCAAGGAGGCCGUGGCCAAGAAGGGGACCGUCAACGGAGGCUUUGAGCUGCAGGAGACCGUCCACCAGCAAGGUAGGUUCGGGUUCAGGACAGUCACUCAGCCCUCCUUCCUCUGAAGCCACCGGAAGAACGUCAGAGGAGCCCCGGAGAAGGAUCAGGCCAAAGGGGGAACAUCUAGGCCAGCAUCUGGCGCUCCCCAUUGUCUGGUAUUCAGCGGUAGACUGUUCCUGGGCAUGGAGGCUCUGCUAUUGCAAUGGAGAUCUGUAAGAAGAGCUGGAUUGGGCCAUAGGGGGCCUGUUUAGUCCAGCCUCCUCUUCUCACAGGGACCAACCAAAAGAGAAGCCCCAAGCAGAAUCUGAGCCCAAGACCCCCUCCUCACCUGUGGUUUCCAGCAAUUCGCAUCCGGAAGCAUUGAUGUUUAGGGAAGCUUUUAAUGUUUCAUAGACUAUUGUACAGUGGUCCCUCAGGUUACAUACGCUUCAGGUUACAGACUCCGCUAACCCAGAAAUAGUGCUUCAGGUUAAGAACUUCGCUUCAGGAUGAGAACAGAAAUCGUGCUCCAGUGGCGCGGCAGCAGCAGGAGGCCCCAUUAGCUAAAGUGGUGCUUCUGGUUAAGAACAGUUUCAGGUUAAGUACGGACCUCCGGAAUGAAUUAAGUACUUAACCCGAGGUACCACUGUAUUUUAAUAUUCUGUUGGGAGCUGCCCAGAGUGGCUGGGGAAACCCAGCCGGAUGGGUGGGGUAUAAAUAAAUUAUUAUUAUUAUUAUUAUUAUUAUUAUUAUUAUUAUUAUAUACCCUGCCCGUCUGGCUGGGUUGCUCCAGCCACUCUGGGUGGCUUCCAACACACACACACACACACACACACACACACACAAAAUCAAACAUUAAGAGUAACAAUCAGAUCCUAUAUAAAAAGUCACGAUAACUUUAAAAUAAACAACUUAUACCAAAUAAAGCAAUAUGCAUUAGAAUCCCAUACUAAACACUAAAAUUAAACAUCAGUAAGUAAUAAUUGCACCGUUUACACUUACCAAUUACAGUAAAAAAUUACUCAUCUAUCAUCGAUAAAAAUAGCACAAAAUCUCAAUACAUAAAAUACCACAAAUCAUACAAAACGAUGUAAAAGGGUUACCGGUAAAUGAAGAAACAAGGUCCUCACCCAGUGCUCCAACCACUAGGCUACCGCUGCCUCUCCCCCAACCUUGCUUGGGCCAGCCUUACUGCCCCUCACCAACCCCUCUCUCGCCUCCCGCAGUGAACGGACACGUCGUGACUGUGGAGAAGGAGAACGUGUCCCACGAGCAGCAGCAGCUGGAGAAGAAGCACCUGACCUUGUGCAAAGGAAUGAGCCUUGCGGUGUGUUACGCAGCCAGCAUUGGGGGAAUCGCCACCCUGACGGGGACCACGCCCAACCUGGUGAUGAAGGGGCAGAUGGACGAGUGAGUACCGAGUCAGGCUCUGGCCUUGGCCCUGGCCGAGGAUAGUCUGGCUUCCUUAGGGCCCGGGACCUAUAAACUAUGUUUGUUCAUGGACCUUAAGGUCCUCUGCGGGGCAGACCAGAACAUAGCUGUCAACCGUCCCUUAUUUGGCGGGGAAGUCCCUUAUCCCAGCGCUGUGUCCCGCUGCUGUCCCUUAUUGAUGAUGUCGCUUAAAUUUCCCGGGUUUCAAAGGAAGCAGCUCCUCUCCCUCCCUCCCUCCCUGCCGGCCAGCAAGGAGGGAGGCUCCAACUGUGUUGCUUGGAUGCGUUGCUCACCCAAUGAGGAGUCUAAGAACGACUGGGGGGUGGAGCUUGCAUGCCUUGUGCCAAUCAAAUCAGCCGCGUUGCCUGGGGACUCACCUUUGCUCAGCGCUUCCCAGCGGAGAGGUGCCGGUGGUUUCCCUUGCUGCAUCCCCUUUGCCGGGAUGCUGCGCUGUGGGAAUCACCGCUUGAGGCUUCGUUUGGCUGCUGGCUGGGCUUUCUGCCUUUGGCUCGGAGGGGCUCAGAUGUUGAACAUACCUGUGUUCAGAAAAUCCCUUAUUUUGGCUGCUGGUCCCUUAUUUUUGAGGCUGCUGGUCCCUUAUUUUCAAAUCUGUAAGUUGACAGCUAUGGACCAGGAGAGGCGGUCCUGCAGAUACGAGGGCCCUAAGCCACAAAGGGCUUUAAAGGUCAAGACCAGCACCUCUUGUGGUGAGGGGGUUCCUUCCGAUUCUAUGACCCCCAUUUGUUCUCUGCUUGAGCUACAACCAUAAGGAGAAGGAGAAGUCCCUGACUCAGAACCAGGGAUGGAUGAGAAUCUGUCCAUUUCAGCUUCUCGUUCUUCUUCACAUGGUUGUAUUGGUUUGGUUAAAGAGAGGUUGGAUAAUCGCCUGUCAGGGAAUCUUUAGCUGCGAUUCUUUCCAUGUAUAGAAUUGUUUUCUACACUGCCCCAUCACGAAGUACCAAAGCAGCGUGCAGUUUUAUUAACUGCGAUUCCUGCAUUGCAGGGAUUGGGCGAGAUCACCCAUGGGACUGUUCUAUUAUUCCUCCAUAUUUUGCGACGCGAUUCGGCAACCGAACAAAAUGCACCCACUGCGGGGAGGGGGGAAGUGUGCAAUAAUUAAAAUGCAUGGGCUUAACGACAUGCCUUGCAGACCCGCCUCCAAGCCAACGCCGCUCGCAUUUCACGGCUCCCCUUUCUCUUCGCCAGCCUCUUCCCCCACAACGGCAAUGUGGUCAACUUUGCCUCGUGGUUCAGCUUCGCCUUCCCCACCAUGGUGCUCCUGCUGAUCCUCUCCUGGGUCUGGCUGCUGCUGCUGUUCCUGGGCGUGGAGUAAGUUGAGACCCACGGGUGAUAAUGCGGUGGGAAGGUGGGUGGGAGACUCGUGCAGGUGUUAAUGGAGAAAUCUGAGGGCUCCCUUGGACAAAAAACAAGGACACCAGCCAGGAAUACCAGAGCAAAACAGCAGCCAGUAGGCUUGGUCUUGAUUGAAGACUGUCGCGACAGGACUCCCACCUGCCACCAGGUGGAACAAGCCCCAAACCGAAGAGCCCCCAAACUUUAUUAGCUGCUAAUCCACCCCCCCAAACUACAUCACGGUUACAUCAUGAAAGGGGAGGUUUGGUGGCAGGAAUCUGAGCAUCCUGGACCCUGCCCCAUGGUUCCCCUUGCCCUCCACCAAACACCCAUCAAGUGUAACAAAAGAGAUCUUUACAUUUCCCUGUUUCCCAGCCAAAUUAAUCCCAUCCUUUUGUCUUCAUCUGGGUUUGUUAUUUCUGGAAUGGCUACCUGUCUGGCACUCAGAUAUCAGGAUGCCAGGGAUUAUCACUCAGGCAGAGGGGCUGCUGAGUAGCUGAGCUCACAGGUCUAUAUGAAUUUAUGAAGUUUUCACAGUGAGCCGGUACAUAGAUACAUUUAUCAGUGAAUUCUUACAUUUGGUAUCGUGCCGCAAAGGCCCUUUGAAUAGAAAGGAAGGAACUGCGAUGAAGUGUUUUGUGGGGACAAAUCACAAAAGUCACAAAAGUGAUUGUGCUGAUUUUGGUAGUGGGCUGCAUGUGCAUGAUAUCUGCUGGAGGGGCAACCCCCCCCCCCAACCUAUACAUAAAUUCCUGCAACACAGGAGAGACCCACAUGGAAGAGGGUCACUCCUGUCUCUCCACCCAAGACCAGUAUGUAAAAAAGAAGGCAAAGUUCUAGUCCUUAUGCCUUAUGCAGAGUCAGACCAUGGGCCCAUUGACCUCAGGGCUGCCUGCACUGACUGGCAGCCGUGGCUUGCCAGGGUUUCAGGCUAGGGAGUCUCUCCCAGCCCUACGCAGAGAUGAUGUUGGGGGUUGAGCCUUCUGCAUGCAAUACAGGGGCUCUGUCCCUCAGCUACGGACUUUUGCAGUGCAGCUGGUGUAAGGCAAUUUCCUGUGAUCCUAAGUCGGGUUGGGGUAGGGGGUGAGUCCGAGGCCCCCAAGGAGCUGCUGCCAGCCAGAGCAGACAAUGCAAAGCUAAGUGAGCAAAGAGUCUGAGUGGGUCUAAGGGCCAUAUGUUUGGCCCAGUGACACCCACUCUGCCCAGCUGGCUAGGUCUUCUUUUAGGGACUAGUCACAAGGCAUUAUGCAAUCGAUACUCAAUGUUGGAGAGACAUUAAGCUCUGACAGCCAUACACCAGCUCAUGGCUAUCUAUCUAUCUCUAUCUAUCUAUCUAUCUAUCUAUCUAUCUAUCUAUCUAUCAUCUGUCAUCUAUCUAUCAUCUCAGUGCUCUCAUAAAAUUUAUACUCUGCUUGAUACCAAAAGAAAACCUCAAGAUUAACCUAAAACUUUCAAUAAGUGACUAAAAGCAGAUUAAAACUUGCAUCGGAUUUCUAAGCAUCUGGACAGGCUUCUAAAUGAAAUUGUCUUGAACAGGAACCGAGAAUGUACAGUGAAGACGUCUGCUGGAUAUCAAUAGGCAGGGAGUUCCAAAGUGCAGCCACACUAAAAGGGCAAUUUAUUUCAAAUGCGGAACAGGGAAUUAUGUGGCCCGAAUCACAACGCAGAUCAAAGCGGCCAAACGGGUGUACAUGGGUUCAGGUCAACUGGCAGGUCAACUGGCCCCAAGUUGUGAAAGGGGUUUGCACCCAAAUAGGAACACCUUGAACUUGGUCCGUGAUGAGCAGCCUGUGCAGAUCUCAAAUCUCACUGCCAUCAGCAAUUAUGCUGCAGCAUCCAGCACUAAUUGCAGCUUCCGGAUCGAGCUCGAGGAGAGUCCCACAUGGAGCACAUUGCAGCAAUCCAAUGACUGUGGCAAUUUUUUUGUGGCCGGAGCUGCGCUUGGUCAAAGGCACUUCUGGCCGCAGAGGCUCCCCAAGUCUCUAGGGACGGAGCUGGACCCAGAAGCAGGGAACGGCCCCUCUUAAAUGGGUUUUGUCCCCCAGGGGAACCACAGCCUGCCCCCAUCUUAUUUCUCUCUGCGAUUCCAGCUUCCGGAAGAACUUUGGGUGCGGCACCAACGAUUCAGAGAAGGCAGGCUCUCAGAUGGCUUACCGCAUCAUCAAGAACCAGCACCAGGCGCUGGGGCCCAUGAAGUUCUCCGAAAUCACCGUCCUGGUCCUCUUCAUCAUCCUGGUGCUGCUCUGGUUCACCCGGGAGCCGGGUUUCAUGCCGGGAUGGGCGAGUGCCGCCUUCACCUGGGAUGGGAAGAGGUGAGAGAGGGGCACACCUUCCCUGCUCCUUCCUGCCCUGGCCUAGAAAGGUCCUGCCUGCUUGUGGGUUUCCCCUGGGGGCACCUGGUUGGCCACAGUGAGAGCAGGAAAGUGGGCUAGAGGGGGUCGUUUUGCAGCUAGGCUCUUUUUAUAGAACCUCCAGCUCCAGAGGCAGUCUAUCUGGUCCCCCAGGUUCUAUGGGGCAUUUGACCGCUGUGAGAGUAGAAGGCUGGGCUAGAUGGGCUCCCUCUGGCCCGACUCGGCCUCAGCCAGACUCGUCUUCUGAUCCUCGCCUGCGAUGCCCAUCCUUUCCCUGCAGCUAUGCCACCGAUGCCACGGUCGUCAUCUUCAUUUCGAUGCUGCUGUUCCUCAUCCCCUCGGAGGUGCCCAGAUGCGGCUUCCGGGGCCGCACCCCACCAGGAGGUGAGCAAUGCUGCCCCCAUGCUGCCCCCCUAACCUGCAAGUGGUUCACAGAAUUGCAGAGGUGGGAGGUACCCCCCCAAAGGCCAUCUAGUCCAGUCCCAGGGGCUCACAGACCCUUUGCAUUGCAGGGCAGAUCCGGGUGACCCCGGCCCUCCUGGACUGGCCAACCGUUAAUCAGAAGAUGCCCUGGAACAUCGUCAUCCUCUUGGGAGGAGGCUUUGCCUUGGCCAAAGGCAGUGAGGUGAUCCCCCUUGGGCUGCUGCUAUUAUUGUUGUUGUUGUUUAGUCGGUUAGUCGUGUCCGCCUCUUCCUGACCCCCUGGACCAGAGCACGCCAGGCCCUCCUGUCUUCCACUGCCUCCCGCAGUUUGGUCAGACUCAUGCUGGUAGCUUUGAGAACACUGUCCCACCAUCUCGUCCUCCGUCGUCCCCUUCUCCUUGCGCCCUCCAUCUUUCCCAACAUCAGGGUCUUUUCCAGUGAGUCUUCUCUUCUCAUGAGGUGGCCAAAGUCUUGGAGCCUCAGCUUCACAAUCUGUUGUUGUUGUUGUGGUGGUUGUUGUUGCUUUUUUCUGGGGAGACGCAGGGGUACACAUACCCCUAAACAUUUUGUCCGUUUAUUGUACAGUGAUACCUUGGUUUACAACCAUAAUCUGUUCCGGAGGUCCAGUUGUAAACCAAAACAGGUUGUAACCCAAGGCUUGCUUUCGCCAAUAGGGCCUCCCAAAAAAUUUGUUGUAAUAAUAAUUUUAAAAAGUUGCAAUAAUAAAAAAGGGACACACACUUCAGGGUUUGACGUGGUUGUAAUCCAAAAUGGUUGCAAACCAAGGUACCACUGUAUUUAUUUUUCCCGAUUUGAACUAUAAAAUGGUGAUUUUCUUGAGUCAAAAUGAGAGUACCCCUAAACAUUUUUAAAGAGAAAAAGCACUGAUGAUGGUAGUGGUUUUUUCUCCUCCCCCCUCACUUAAUCUCCUGAACACCCAGUGAGGCAGGUUAGGCUGAGCGGGAGAGGGACUCAGUGAGCUUUAUAUCCAAGUGGGGGAUUUGCACCCUGAUCUCUCCCUGGUUUCUAGUCUGAUGCUCUAACCACUACACCGCCACCGCCUCUCACUUUCCCACGAGGUCCCACCGAGAUGGGUGAGUGACCUGACUCAGAUCAACAUCAGCAAUGACUCAUCCAAAGCACUAGGGGGCGCCCAAGCAGCGCUGAACUGGCACAAGCUGCCAUUCAAGGGAUGAAUGACGUGGCUGCUCUAUUAUCCCCUGGGAAGCUCAGCUGCAACAAUAUUAUUUGAGGAGCCCACCCUGUACUUGGGGCUGCAGGUUGCUCUGAAGUCUUUUUCAUGCUGCGGGUUUUUUUAAUUACUGCAAGACACUGCAGAACCUUAUCGUGAUGGGUGGUUAAGAAAUAAGAAUAAGAAAUAAAAAUCAUAGAACAGGAGAGUUGGAAGGGAUCUCCAGGGUCUUCUUGUUGUUUAGUUGUUUAGUCGUGUGCGCCUCUUCAUGACCCCCUGGACCAGAGCAUGCCAGGCACUCCUGUCUUCCACUGCCUCCCUCAUGCUGGUAGCUUCGAGAACACUGUCCCACCAUCUCGUCCUCUGUCGCCGCCUUCUCCUUGCACCCUCCAUCUUUCCCAACAUCAGGGUCUUUUCCAGGGAGUCUUCUCUUCUCAUGAGGUGGCCAAAGUCUUGGAGCCUCAGCUUCAGGAUCUGUCCUUCCAGUGAGCACUCAGGGCUGAUUUCCUUCAGAAUGGAGAGGUUGGAUCUUCUUGCCGUCCAUGGGACUCUCCAGAGUCUCCUCCAGCACCAGAAUUCAAAGGCAUCAAUUUUUUGGCAACCAGCCUUUUUUAUGGUCCAGCUCUCACUUCCAUACAUCACUACUGGGUCUAGUCCUCCAGGGUCUAGUCCUGCCCAUACAGGAAUCUCAGCUGAAGUCGGGGAGCCGCGCUUGUGUGAGAAGCCAGGAUCUGUGCCCCUCUGUCUGGUCCUCCAUCAAUGACCCCCCCUUGUCCUUUUCCCUUCCAGGCGUCUGGUCUGUCCAAAUGGCUGGGGAGCAAGCUGACCCCCCUGGAGACCAUCCCUCACCCGGCCAUCGCCUUUGUGCUCUGUCUGCUGGUUGCCCUCUUCACCGAGUGCACCAGCAACGUGGCCACCACCACGCUCUUCUUGCCCAUCCUGGCUUCCAUGGUAAGCGUGGCAAAAAGGAAGGGCUCAUUUGCGCAGCAAAAAGGGGUUAACCUGCGGAACUCCCUCCCACUUGGAGGGGUUCCAAAGAGGGUUGGAGACAUUCGCAGAGGAGGAGAGAACUAUGGGUGGCCACAGGGGCUGCGCUGUCCCUCAAUGCUUCUGAAUGCCAGUGGCUAGAGACCACAAGAGGGAAGAAUUGCUCGGAUCCUGCUUGUGGGUUUCCCAUUGGGGCAUCUGCUCGGCCCCUGUGAGGACAGGAGGCUGGACUAGAUGGGUCCUUUAGGGCCUGAUCCAGUCCUUCUUACGGAAGUCUCUUGUGAUAGCAGAACCUCCAUGCCCAGGGACAGUCUACCUCUGAAUCUCAGACAAUGGGGAAUGACAGCUGGAGAGUUCCUGCUGCUUGUGGGCUUCUUGGGCCCCCUUUGGCCUGAUCCAUGCCCCCCAUCUCCUCCUGCCUUUUGUUGCCCCCAGGCUCAGGCCAUCUGCCUCAACCCCCUCUACGUGAUGUUGCCUUGCACCCUCUCCGCCUCGCUGGCCUUCAUGCUCCCGGUGGCCACCCCUCCCAACGCCAUCGUCUUCUCCUACGGGCAGCUGCACGUCAUCGACAUGGUGAGUGAGUGUCACGCCGUUGUAAUAGUAAUAAUAAUAAUAAUAAAUUAUUUAUACCCCGCCCUCCCCAGCCAAGACUGGGCUCAGGGCAGCUAACACCAGAUAUAAAACAAAUUGAUUGAAAUACAACUUAAAAACGAGAUUAAAAGACAACAUUCAAACAUUAAAAUGCAGCCUCAUUUCAGUAGAAACUCAAAUCAAAAACUUUUUGGGGGAUUAAAAACGUCAUGUCUUCACCAAGGCUAACUAUCCAGACUGGUCCUACAUGGACCAGAAAAAGCCAGGGAAGUCCCCAAAUAGGAGUUCCAUCACAGAAGGAGAAAGGGGAAGAGGAUCAAGUUGAUUCCAAGCCAAAGGCCAGGCGGAACAACUCUGUCUUACAGGCCUGCGGAAAGAAAUCAGAUCCCGCAGGGCCCUGGUCUCAUGAGACAGAGCGUUCCACCAGGCCGGAGCCAGUGUUGAAAAGGCCCUGGCUCUGGUUGAGGCUAAUCUGACUUCCUUAGGGCGCGGGACCUCUAGGGUGUUGCUAUUUAUGGACCUUAAGGUCCUCCGCGGGGCAGACCCGGGAGAGGCAGUCCCAUAGGUAUGAGGGUCCUAGGCCGUGUAGGGUUGGAAGGGACCCUCUGGGGUCAUCUAGUCCAGCCCCCGCAAAGCCAGUGUCGUCACCUUGGGCUCUGCUUCCCUGGGCAGGGGAUGGCAGAGAGAGAUGGGUGGCUGUCAAGUCCAGCACCCCCCAGUGGUCCCUCCUGCAGUGGCCCCCGAUUGCCUAUUCGGACUGGUGGGGAGGACGGCAGAGGCCAACAGUGGGCGGAGCCAAGGCCAACGAGAGGCGGAGCCAACUCAUUCCAGCUUUGCCCCCCAUCCUCCUGCAAAGAGGAAGGUGGAGGAAGUACAGUGAUAUCUCAAGGCACAUCUAGGAUGGCUGCUCUUUCUUGGGGCAAGGGGGAUAGAGCCCCUGCUUGGCAUGCAGAAGGUCCGUGCUUCAGGAGCAGGUUCAGAAGGCCCCUUUCCUGAAACCCUGACGAGCUGCUGCCAGUCAGUGCAGGCAGAACUGAGCUGGAAUCUGCCUGCCUCGCUCCACGGCCUCUUCUGGUAUCCUGAUCUCCUUUCUUUGCGUCCUCAGGUCAAAGCCGGCUGCAUGCUGAACUUACUGGGGGUCUUGACCAUCACCCUGGCCAUCAACACCUGGGGCUUCCCCAUCUUUGACCUCCACAAUUUCCCAAGCUGGGCAAACGGCACCGCAGGUCAAUGCUGAGCCCGCGGGAGCGACUCUCUCGCAAACGCGCUUCGGAUCCUCGAGCGGCAACUCCUACGCUCCGCCGAGGGGCCGGCUUGCUUGGGGGGCCGUGGAGGCGCAAACGCAGCCUUCCCAAGCUGGUAGCGGCUGUGGACGGGGCUCCCCUCCCUCCCUCGCUGGGAUUUCUUCUGCCCCGGUUUUAGCACCCAUGUGGAGCUUAGCAGUGGGGCACCUCACCUCACAGACCCAGCGUUGUGGGGCAGGAAAGAAAUGGCCCCCUCCCAGAUCUCCACCCAGCACCAUCUUCCCUGGGCAACACACCACAGGAUCAUAAAGUUAGGAGGGGUACAUCCAGAGGCCAUCUAGUCCAGCCCCCUGCAAUGCAGGAAUCGCUCCUCAAGAAUCCCUGGCAGGCGCCCGUCCAACUUCUGUUUAAAAGCCUCCAGAGAAGGAGAGUCUGCUCCCUCCUGAGGUCAUGGAAUUGUUGAGGAGGGAGGUCCCCCCAAAGGUCAUUUAGUCCAACCCCUGCGAUGCAGGAUCGUUUCAUCAGACGCAGAGCGCCGGCGUGUUUUUCUGCCGCUGGUCUUUUUUACAGGUUGCUGCUGAGUAGUUCUGUGUGAGCCACAACAGCGGGCAGGCAGAGCCAAGACCCCCCCACCUCCUUGUGACCCCCACCAGCCGCUGGGCACUGUGGGCACCGUACCCCCUUGGUGCCUCCCAUCUUCCAAGGAGGUGGGGGCUUCCAGGCCCCCAGGAAACACACAACAGCUCUUUUGUGCAAUAAAGAAAGUGUGGGCCAAAACUGUA